AAAUUCAAGCAAAAAGGAAAUGAAGGAUGACGACGUUCUGCCGACGACAGCGGCAACGACAACGUUCGCUAAUGUGAAAAAGGAGAACUCAGAUUCGAGUUUAUUUGGUAAAGACCGUUACAAGUUCUGGGCAUUAGCGGCGAUUUUGUUAUUGGCAUUCUGGUCGAUGUUCACCGGUACCGUUACUCUCCGGUGGUCAGCCGGUAACCUCAACCUUCUUUCCGAUGAUCUUGAUAGCCACAUUCACGACGAUCUAGAUGUUCUGGAAAUGGAGGAGAGAGAGAAGGCGGUGAAACACAUGUGGGAUGUGUACACUAGCAGCCAUCGGAUUAACUUACCAAUGUUCUGGCAACAGGCGUUUGAGUCUGCCUACGAGGACUUGAUCAGUAAUGUGCGUGGGGUUAGAGAGGAUGCAAUCACUGAGAUCGCUAAGAUGUCCAUACGCUCCGUGGAUCUUGAUGCUCCGCCAAUCCGAUCAACGGGUCUGAAACGAGCAGAGAAAGGUAGAUUGAAGGUAAUUUCAAGUGGAAUUGGUGAAUGAUAUGAUGUGAAGAAAUGCUGGAUAACGUGAGGCUUCGAACCUUAGUUACUACUUCUGAACUCACAUUUUGCUGGUCUACUGCACAAGUUUGCGAGAGGUAGUGGUCUGAUCCUAUCGGCAAAACCUUAGUUAUACAUUUUGCAUACAAAAACAAAACAAUGAUUUGUUUAGUUUGCUAGGUUUUCAAUUCUCUUGAAAA